AUGGCACACAUCUGGUUUGAUUCCGAGUUCCAUGAAGCCCGACUAAAAAACGUUGUCGGUCGGAGUGGAGUCACAGUAAACGGAAUCGCUCUUCAUCAUGCAUCUGAUACACUCCUCCAAGUCGCAGGAAGCUCAAUCAUCGUUAGCUCAGCAGCCGGACAUGAUAAAUUCGAAGGACAUCUCAUCUCACAAACGAAACAACAGUUCACAUGUGUAGCAGUGACAGCAUGCGGUAGAUAUGCGGCUACUGGAGAGACCGGACACCAACCAGCAGUACGACUCUGGCAACUCCGAGACGAUCAAGGGAACUUUGUGGGUCGGCUGGUCCGAUCCAUGCAAGCUCAUACAGUAUCCAUCACAAUAGUUCGAUUCACUCCGGAUGAUAGCACACUCAUAUCCAUUGGAUGUCAACACGAUGCUCAGAUAAUCACAUGGGAUUGGAGGAAUGGACAUGACCUUGGAAUCGGAAAGCUUAUGUCUCCAGUAAACGCUUUAACUAUUUCAUUUGACAGUAGCAUGUGUGUGACUGUUGGCAGCAAAUCUGUCAAGUAUUGGUUUUUACCUCUGGCUUCAGAUGGACUCAACAAACGAACAGGAUUGACGAGUCGAUCAGCUAUUUUGGCUGACAAGAGAAACGUUAAUUUUGUGGAUGCGUCGUUUUGUGACGCAACGAAUCGAAUGGUGGCGGUGACGUCGAGUGGAGAGCUUCUGGAGUUCAAUGGGAAUAAGAAGGUUUGGAGCAAAAUUAUAUUUCUGUAUGUCAAGUGUUACUCAUGGAAAGAAAGUGGAGAUUUCAAAGCAAUUUGCAUUGCGAAAAUCCCAGAAGGACUGCUUGUCGGAUGCUCGGAUGGACUAGUUCGAUUAUUCUGUUUGAUUGGAGAAGACCUAGAUUUCUUGGCUGAUCUUGCACCACCAACUCAUCUUUUCCAAGAUCCGUCAAACGUCUACGAAACUCAACAGUUGCAGAAUCAUCCAGAAGAUGCUAUAUUUCCUGAACCUCGGUGUCUUGUUGCCUCAUCUUCCAGUCCAACAUUUGUAGUUGGCUACGCUGAUCGAUCGCUGAUCGAGUUUGCCCGGGAGAACAAGUCAUGGUCUUUCCGAAGAGCGAGUUUGGGACAUACUGGAUCUGUAAAUUGCAUAGAACCAUUCCCAUCUUCUUCGCCCUGUUUACCAGCUGGAACUCUUAUUACCGGAGGAUCAGAUGGAACCAUUCGAUUCUGGAAUUUCGGCGCCGAGAGUGAAGACAAAAAAGAAAUAGCGAAUAUUCUUUGCCCUUCUCUACUGAAAGUGGUGUAUUUGGACGAGAAUCCAGACUUACUACUCGACAAAAGAAAUUUGGAAUCUGUCGGACCAUCUAACGAAGACCAUCAGACAGCAUCACCUUCUGGAGUUCUCUGUACACGUGUAACUCAUGAUGGAAGAAUGAUGAUCGCUGGAACAGCAACUGGAAUGCUAUAUCUAAUUGAUCUUUUCUUCUCGGACACUCCGAUAAUCGAUGUCAUAAAUGCUCAUGAUAACGAUGUGACAUCCAUUGAUUUCUCUGAUCAUGCGACUACAUCUUCUCAUGAUCAACCAAUGUUUUUGUCAUCUGGUGGAAGAGAUCGAUUCGUUCAUGUUUUUCGAAGGGUACCGUAUAGUUCGCAAUUCGUACAUUGUGCAGUUUUGGAUGGUCAUCAAGCAGCAAUCAAGUCCAUUAAAUUUGCAUCGAACAAUGGUCAACUCCAUCUCUACACAGCCGCCACAGAUCGGAGUCUGAUAAUCUGGAAGCUGAAUUCAUUCAGUGAUCAACAUUCGGAGUUCACAAGAGUUCAGCAGUUAUCAGUCACAUCAAGUAUAGGAGAUAUGACAUUUAUCAAAUACGUUGAUAUGUUUGUGGUCGGAGGGCAUGAUCGAAUGCUCCGACAAAUUGAUAUCAAUGGUAAACCUGUUCGAGAAGUCAAGGGAACUGAUGAUGACGUUGCACAUAGUGGAAAGAUCCAUAAAAUUGCCAUUGAUCAUUCUGGAUCCUAUGCGAUUUCUGUCUGUUCCGAUAAAUAUGUGUAUGUUGUGGAUCUUCGAACUGGAGGUUGUCUAGCAGUUCUAUGUGGAUUCGGAGCUCCUCCAACAGAUGCCACGUUUACUGAUGACUUCAAAAAUGUAGUUGUGACAACUUCAAAUGGAGCUAUAUUCGUUUGGCAACUGGCAAAGAAUCUAACGGAACGAAUGAUAUCUGCACAAGUUCGAUUGAUGGAAGAAGUAACCAUGAGAACUUCAACACCUGACAGUCUUCUCGGAAGUGGAAGCGAAACUAUAAGCGGCGACUCAAGUUCGUUUGCCAGACCACUUGGUGCUCCAGAGUUUUCUGGAAGUUCAGCAUCACUGUAUUCUGACGACGACGAUUCAACCAGAUUCUCUUCUUCGGUCCGAAGCAGUCGAUCGAAACAAAUCCUUCCAAACGGCGGACAUCUGAUUGGAAAUUCGAGUUACGCACGUGUUGGAGAUAGUUCCUUCUCUCCGGCGGUCCAGUCUGCGCCAGCUGUCGAACGACGGACCCACACGAAUCUAUUCUCGCACGAUCAAUACGAAACUGAUAUAUCUGAAACCCAAUCGGAUUUCGUAUCAUCGAGAAGAAAAAAUCGUAUAUUCUCGGACGAAGACGAUCAAGACUCGAAUCUUGGAAGUGGCCAAUACCUGGCAGCUCCUCUGAACGACGCUCGUCGCUCGGCGUCUCCAUCUUUGUACGUACCUCCAGAACAUCUCCGAGGAUAUCAAAGUAGUAAAUCAAUGAUGAAUUUACGGGACGUAACGGGCGGUGGUGUCCGAGUACAGACUGCCAAAGAACUCAUGAUGUCGCACAUUGCAUCACAACGUAAUUCGCAGUCUGGAUCCUCUUCCCACUUGUCAUCAGCGAACACAUCUGGACGAAUGAAGUGGGGAGAUAUGCCGCAGUCAUCCAACAAUAACGACUGGCAUCCAUCCUCAACUGUAGAUAUUCAUCGCGUUUCACCAGUCAUGGCCACUUCAAUGGCUCCGCCCCAUCACCAGCAACAAUAUGGAGGAUAUCCUAGAGAUCAUGGACCCUCCUACCCAAUGCCAGACUCCACCCAUCCCCCACCAUUGGCUCCUCGUACUACAUCAAGAGUUUUAACAGCUGCUCCAUCCCAACAAGCACUCCAACAAAUCCAAGCAAGUUCUCCAUUCCGACGAAAGUCAAUGGAUCGAAACAGUCUCUCGAAGAAGUUUUUGGAAAACGGAGGAACCCAACCGAAAACUGUGUGGAGCUCAUCGGCCCUUGCCACUUCAGGAGCUCCACGACGAAGUAAUUCGAAUCUUUUCGCUGCUACGAAUCUUGAAGUUCCGUCUACAACAACGAAUCUGUCAAGACGACACACAGAUAAGCAACCACAGAAAUUGCGUUUUACGACAACUGUUCAAACGCGCGAAAUUUCUCUGGAUAAUGACGUCAUCGAUUCUGAUGACGACGACGUUAUCACUUCUACGACUUUCGAGCCGAAAUCCAGGGUUAGAAUCGGUUAUCGUCGACCGAGUACUGUAACUGUAGACACACGUGAUGCUGAUGUGGCAAGAAGACGUGUGGCAUCGAGGACUAGAAAAACUGAAAGAGCUGAUGAUCUCAACUUUGCAUCUUCCCUCCGCAGUAGAAGCCAAAGCCCGAACAAGCUGGCUCUAAGUCAAAUGAUCAACUCUAGAGACACACCAUCAAGUCCAUCAUCUACAGCUGGAAGUUCCAUAGUUGGAAGAGGGCUCCAGGGACAACGACGUCGCGAUUCAGAUGUAUCCUACGUCCGAUCAGCUACACGUGGUAGAGAUGAAAUGAGAAAGAGCACGGAUGCACUGAACAAACUUAUGGCCGUCAGAUCGAAGUUACACCAAUCAAGUGAAAAUCUGAGGAAGUCCACAGAGAACUUGGCACUUCUGAAAAAUCUGGAAGAGGCUUCAAACUAUUCGACGCCAAAGACAAGGACAAGAAGUAGCAGUAAUUUGAGAAAUAGAGAAAUUCUUGGAAAUAUGGAAUCGUUUGAAACAUUUGAUGCUGAUUCAAGGAUGAGGUCUGGCUCCACAAGUUCUCUUGCUCAAUCCAGAAUGAUGGCUCGUAGUAUUGGAAAUCUAAACGAUGGACUUGCAAUGGAGGGAUCCAAUGUAAAUAGUCCGAGUCAGCGAAUGGCCAAUACUAUCCAAAUGAUGAGAAAGGCUAGUAAUCCAGAUCUCACGGCUCCAGAACAAUUCGAAGACACUGGAAGCCCAUUCGCUCAACGAAUGGCCCGUGGAGCUGUACAGAAGAAGAUGGAGAGAUAUCGUGCCAAAAAUAAGACUGGAAACGUUGUUGGAAGAAAUCAAACAUCCGAAGAAAGUGAUUCGAACAACUCGGAUAUGAUGCCUUUGAGUAUCAAUAAAAGAGCAUUGACUGCAGGAAAUCGAUCUACAACUGGAUCGGAUUUCUCUCCUGCCUCAUCACGCGGUUCUUCUUCUCUCGCAAUGGGAAGCGGACCAAUCGGCAGUGGUCUUCCAUCGAGCCGUCGGCUAUACGAUCAACAGAGAAGUGGUCUAUCCUCGUCUAGUACUCCAAGAAGAACUGGAAAUAACUAUUUGGUGGCCAAGAUGAGUGAGCAAAUGAACAAAUCAAUGGAGGGACCAGAUCUCGGAAGUGAUGAAUCUCCACGUAGUUCUGUUAACUCGCACGAGUGGCAGAAUCUCAUGGAGAACUCUCAAGAUGGAACUAAAAAUCCACUGAUUUGUCACGUUCAAGACUGUAUGGAGCAGCUGCGUAUUCACGUUGACAAGAGUCUUCAGGCGAAGAAAUUGGUGAGUGUGGAGGACGAUACGACUUUGGCUAUCGAACAGAAAAAGAUAGUUAUGUGUGAGAUCGAUCGAUCCAUCGAACGUAUGAUUGAAAAACUAGCGCCAAACCAAGUAUCCAGGUAUCCCCGAACAACCCAAGAUUCCAAAAUUUCCCAAUUUUUCAGUAUCAAAUCAAAUGACAGAAGCAACGGAAACAACAUGUCAGUUGGUAAUGAUUAUACUCCAAAAGGAGCCAAUAUCUACGGAAUUCUGAAAGAGAAUCUCUCAUCCAGACAAUAA